AUGUCAUUUUCCUUCAACUUUGCUCUGGACGCCAGCACAUGUGCGACGUCUUCGUCUCCGUCUGUGACGCCGUCGACAGUUUCCGUACGACAACGUGACGGCGAGCGGUUCACCUCCAAGCUGUGUGCCCCUCCCCCCGUCUUUUCUGCUGUCCAAGUCGGAGACGUGACGUUCGAGAUGGUGCAGACAACGAGUGCGGACUUUGUCGCGCGUACAGGCGCCAUUGGCUCGUUUUUGACGACCACGGACGUCCAGACAGGAGUCUACGAGGGCGGGUUCAAGCUCUGGGAGUGCGCUUUGGACCUCGUGAAGCUGCUGGCGACGCAGCGGCGUCAGGGCGCUACGAUGGCUGCGUCCGUGCUGGAGCUGGGCUGUGGCCACGGUUUGCCAGGGAUUUACGCUCUGCAGCAGGGUGCAGAGCUGGUGACGUUUAGUGACUACAAUAAGGAGGUGCUGGAGCUCACGACCUGCCCCAAUGUGCGGCGAAAUGUGGACGAGCAGAUGUUCGAGAGAGCCGAGUUUUAUGCUGGAGCGUGGAGCGGGAUGUCCCAGUACAUGGAGACAGUGGAGCUCAAGACGCAGGAUCAGAUGCAAUUCGAUCUGAUCUUGACAGCAGAAACUAUUUACACGGAGGCAGUGGCGGUGGAACUGUACCAGACGAUUAAGCGCCAUUUGCGUCGUGCACCGAACGCCCGUGCGCUGGUUGCUGCCAAGAAGUACUACUUUGGGACGAACGGCAGUAUACAGCACUUUGUCGGACUUGUGCGAGCAGACGGUGUGUUCACGGCUGACACGGUGUGGCAAGAGCGCGACGGUCGAUCGAAUAUCCGCGAAAUUGUGCAACUCACAUAUGUGGAUGAGUGCUAG